GGAAUGAAAAAAGUUGGACUAAAAGUCCGGAUUUAUUUUUUGAUUGCCGGACAAAAAAUAUACAAAAAUAUAACGGAAAUCCACUAUAGUUUGGUAGGUAGGUACCUAUAUGGCUAUAUCUAUCUAAUGUUUAUCGCGGCAGUAUGUCAACAGUUUAUCUACCAUACCUAACUCAUAAGAUUAUACCUACAUACUACAAUAAGUAAUAACGAUAAUCAAUAUUAUUACCCCGAUUAUAAUAUAUUAUAUAGGUACCUAUAUAGUAUCAUGUACAUUUAUCUCAUCGAUAUAAUCGAUUUCAUAAGGGACGUAGCGGACGUGAAUUAUAAAUUGAAUUUGUCACUUUGUCAGUAUAUCCCGAGACGCUAUUUAGUUGAGAUGGAGGUUGAAAUGGAGGUUUUUGUAAUAAAAGAAAAUAAAAAAAUUAUAUUUAACGGAUAUGCAUAUACGGUUCAUCAUAAUCUAGUAACAAGUAUUCGGUGGAAAUGUUCCAAUAAAAUUUCAAAACAAUGUCCGGGCAUUUUAGUAACUUCCAAUGAUUAUAAAAAUCCAACAAUUGAAGUUGAACAUUCGCAUGCUGGUGAUGAGAAUUUAGAAACAGUUGAAAAAGCCAAGGCUGAAAUGUUAAAACGUGUUUCAACAUUUUCAACGUCAACUCCUUCACAAAUUUUCGCUGAAGUAAUAAAUCAGGUGCCAGAGCAGGCUUUAACAUCUUUCGCAAAUGAAGAAACAACCAAAAGAAUGUUACGGCGUCAAAAAAAUAAAGGUAAUCCCAAAAAACCAUCAUGUUUGUCAGAACUUACAAUUAAUAAUGAAUGGGCAAUGUACAAAGACGAACGAUUUUUGCUUUUUGAUAAUGGUCCGGGAUCGAAUGAGCGAAUAAUAAUUUUUUCAUUGGAUGAAGGAUUAGUUCAUUUAUCAGAGGCAGAUACAUGGUUCUGCGAUGGUAACUUUAAAUUAUGUCCCGAAUUUUUUUUGCAAUUAUAUGUCAUUAGAGUUAAAAAGUAUGACAAAUUUAUUACCCCAAUAUUUUGUUUACUUCAAAAAAAAACUCGUAGUACAUAUGAAGAAAUGUUCACUGCAAUAUUCAAUAAAUGUUCCGAAAAUAAUGUUUAUCCCGAUCCUAAGAUAAUGAACAUGGACUUUGAACAAGCUGUUAUUCAAGCAGCAAAAACAGUAAUUGGGGAACAUUUGAUAAUACAAGGUUGUUUUUAUCAUUUGUGCCAAAGCACUCAUAGAAAAUUACAAGAGUUAGGAUUACAAAAUAAAUACAAUCAUGACAACGUGUUUAGCCAUUAUUGUAGUAUGAUCGAUGGCUUAGCUUUUUUGCCGGUGCAAAAAGUGAUUGAAGGCAUGAAGUACUUAAAAUCAAUUUGUGCACCCGAUAAUACGGAUAUAAUUGAUUAUUUUGAUUCCACAUAUGUUACUGGAACAUAUAGAAAAGUCGGGGUUUCAAAAUUCAGACGGAAUAAGCCAUUGUACCCCCCUGAAACAUGGAACGUACACGAGGCUACAUUACACUCCAGACACCGUACAAAUAAUAUUUGUGAAAGCUGGAACAAUAGAUUUGCGCAUUUAAUCGGGCAUAGUCAUCCAACAAUUUGGAAGUUGAUUAAUAAAUUUCGUGAGGAAGUGGGGGUAGAUAAAGCUAAAAUAGCAUUACAUGAUAUGGAACCAGUAAGAAAAAAAAAACACGGAACAGAAAAAAAUGUAAAAUUACAAUAUUUAUGUAGGAAAAUUGUUAAUAACGAGUUAACAAUAGCAGAAUUUUUAAAUAGGAUUGGUCAUUGCUUAAGAAAAAGGAAUGUAUUUUAAAUUAUUAUUGUUAUUAUAAAUGUAGACUAGAUUUUUUAUUAUUGACAUAGAAAUUAUUAUU